AUGGCAGACAAACCAGCUGUGAGGGAAAUUGCCAGCUUCAAUAAGGCCAAGCUGAAGAAAACCAGGAUGCAUGAAAAGAACACCCUGCCAACCAAAGAGGCCAUUGAAUAG